AUGGCAUAUCGUUUUUGUACCUUCAAUUGUAAGAGCGUAAAGCGUUCAGUCGAUUGUAUUAAGGAUUUGUGUCGAAGGUCAGACAUUAUAGCUCUUCAAGAGACGUGGCUCUGUUGGGAUGAAAUACCAUACCUAAAUACAAUUGACGAGAAUUUCUGUUCGACGGGGACCUCGGCGGUGGAUACAUCGGCGGGAAUGUUGCGCGGGCGUCCAUAUGGUGGUGUUGGUUUGUUGUGGCGGCGAUCUGCGUUUCAAAGUGUGAGUGUGGUGCAAUGCGAAAACGCGCGGUUGUGUGCUAUAAAGAUAAUGACUGCUGAUAAUCAACUGGUUAUAGUGGUGAGUGUUUACAUGCCCACGGAUUGCAGUGACAAUGUUGCGGAAUUCACGGAUUGUUUAGCUGAGGUCAGUCCAUCGCUGAUGGGGGGGCUUGUGACUGAGACCUCCAAUGAAAAACCAGGCCCGGGGUUUACGGUCAAGGAUAUUGAUAAAGUAAUUAAAUCAAUGUCCAGAGGCAAAUCCCCGGGUCAUGACGGUCUCAGUAUCGAGCACCUCCAAAACGCUGGUCCUCACAUAUCUAGGGUAUUGGCAAUGUUUUUUACAGUGUGUAUGAGGCAUUCAUAUCUGCCUAAUGAUAUGAUGCGCACUAUCGUGGUUCCUGUAGUUAAAAACAAAACUGGGGACUUGGCAGACAAAAACAAUUACAGACCGAUAUGA